UGACCACUGAAUCUUGACUCAUGCAGGAGGUCCACCGACUUUCUUUUGCUACAUUGAGGAACUCGUGUGCUACUCUCUCCCUCUCCGGUAUCCUAUAACGCAUGCCAACAGAUCGCAUAAGUCUUUUGUUCACACCGUGCUGUUAGUUAGCCCUGCUUGUUCGUCAUCCGUUUCUCCAUCCCGAUCCAGCUAAAAAAAAACCCCCCGAGUGCUCCACCCACCGGCAAUCCUUAAAAUCUAAUUCACUGCCCCUGGGGAACCGCUCCCUCUUAGCCUUAAGAUACUCCUUGAUACUCCCCUACCUCCCCUGCAAACCUCAAUUCCUGAUUCAUCAUGACUGUCCUCGACUUGCACCCGCUACCGGCGGACGAGAUCUUCGCCCUGAACCGCGCGUACAACAAUGACACUUUCCCGCAAAAGGUCAGCCUGGGCGUUGGCGUGUACCGCACCGACGACGGCAAGCCGUGGCCGCUGCCCGUGGUGCGGCAGGCGGAGCAGCAGCUCCUUGCGGAAGACAACCUGUUCCGCCACGAGUACACGGCGAUUGAGGGCGACAUCCCCUUCCUAGAGCUGGCUCGGGACCUGAUGUUUGGAUUUGACGCGAAGCAGCCGACGGAGCAGCAGAAGGCACAGCAGGCGCGGAUCGGGUCGGUGCAGGCCGUCGCUGGCACGGGGGCCAACCACCUGGGGGCGCUGUUCCUGGCGCAUAAGAUGAAGCCGCGGACGGUGUGGCUGUCGGACCCGUCCUGGGCCAACCACCUCACGAUCUGGGAGCUGGCCGGGGUGCCGCGGCGUACCUACCCGUACUACAAGGCGGACACGCGCUCCUUCGACUUCGAGGGGAUGAUGUCGACGCUCGAGGCCAACGCCCAGGCCGGCGACGUCAUCCUGCUGCACGCCUGCGCCCACAACCCCACGGGCCUGGACCCCAACCAGGAGCAGUGGAAGGCCAUCGCCGACCUGUGCGAGCGCAAGCAGAUCUUCCCCUUCUUCGACUCCGCCUACCAGGGUUUCGCCUCCGGCUCCGCCGACGAGGACGCCUGGGCCGUCCGCUACUUCCUGACCCAGAAGCCCCACCUCGAGAUGUGCGUCGCCCAGAGCUUCUCCAAGAAUUUCGGCCUGUACGGCCAGCGCGUCGGCGCCUUCCACUAUGUGCUCGCCGACGGCCAACAGAACCUCCGCGAUCUCGUCGUCAACAACCUUUGCCACCUGAUCCGCGGCGAGUUCUCCAUGGGCCCCGUCGGCGGCUGCACCAUCGUCAAGAAGGUCCUCACCAACGACGAGCUGGCCGCCCAGUGGCACGACGACCUGAAGGUUAUGAGCUCGCGCAUCAAGGCUAUGCGCGAGGCGCUGUACUCUGAGCUCGUAAGACUCGAGACCCCCGGCACAUGGAAGCACAUUGUCGAGCAGAACGGCAUGUUCUCCUACACCGGUCUCACCCCGACCCAGGUCGAGGCCCUCAAGGAGAAGUACCACAUCUACCUCCUCAAGUCCGGAAGAGCCUCCAUUAGUGGCUUGAGCCAAGGGAACGUGGCCUACGUAGCACAGGCUAUUGACGAUAUUGUUCGUACGGUUAACUAAAUUUAUGAGAUGAUGUGCAGAAGAAGAAGACGUUGGGAGAAUUGGGGCAACUGUAGAUAGUGGAUAAACCUCUGAGGGGCGGAGCCGGCUGGGCUGAGAACUACAUAUACACUACAUAAAUAUAUUGUUGCGC